GGGGCCGCAGGAAACAAUAGAGGCCGCGCGCGCGGAGCUAGCGCUCGCAGGCUCCCCGCCCCUCCCGCAACGCUCGACCCCGGGAUACCCCCGGCUCUCCUGCCGCCAUGGCCGACAAGGAAGCAGCCUUUGACGAUGCAGUGGAAGAACGUGUGAUCAACGAGGAGUACAAAAUAUGGAAAAAGAACACCCCUUUUCUUUAUGAUUUGGUGAUGACCCAUGCUCUGGAGUGGCCCAGCCUAACAGCACAGUGGCUUCCAGAUGUAACCAGACCAGAAGGAAAAGAUUUCAGCAUUCAUCGACUUGUCCUGGGGACACACACAUCCGAUGAGCAAAACCACCUUGUGAUAGCCAGUGUACAGCUCCCCAAUGAUGAUGCUCAAUUUGAUGCAUCACACUAUGACAGUGAGAAAGGAGAAUUUGGAGGUUUUGGCUCAGUUAGUGGGAAAAUUGAAAUAGAAAUCAAGAUCAACCAUGAAGGAGAAGUAAAUAGGGCUCGUUAUAUGCCCCAGAACCCUUGCAUCAUUGCAACAAAGACUCCAUCCAGUGAUGUUCUUGUUUUUGACUAUACAAAACAUCCUUCUAAACCAGACCCUUCUGGAGAGUGCAACCCAGACUUGCGUCUCCGUGGACAUCAGAAGGAAGGGUAUGGGCUUUCUUGGAACCCAAAUCUCAGUGGGCACUUACUUAGUGCUUCAGAUGACCAUACCAUCUGCCUAUGGGAUAUCAGUGCCGUCCCAAAGGAAGGAAAAGUGGUCGAUGCGAAGACCAUCUUUACAGGGCAUACAGCAGUAGUAGAAGAUGUUUCCUGGCAUCUACUCCAUGAGUCCCUGUUUGGGUCAGUUGCUGACGAUCAGAAACUUAUGAUUUGGGAUACUCGUUCAAACAAUACUUCCAAACCAAGCCACUCAGUAGAUGCUCACACUGCUGAAGUGAACUGCCUCUCUUUCAAUCCUUAUAGUGAGUUCAUACUUGCCACAGGAUCAGCUGAUAAGACUGUUGCCUUGUGGGAUCUGAGAAAUCUGAAACUUAAGUUGCAUUCCUUUGAAUCACAUAAGGAUGAAAUAUUUCAGGUUCAAUGGUCACCUCACAAUGAGACUAUUCUGGCUUCUAGUGGUACUGAUCGUAGACUGAAUGUCUGGGAUUUAAGUAAAAUUGGAGAAGAACAAUCCCCAGAAGAUGCAGAAGAUGGCCCACCAGAAUUAUUGUUUAUUCAUGGUGGUCACACUGCCAAGAUAUCUGAUUUCUCCUGGAAUCCCAAUGAACCUUGGGUGAUUUGUUCUGUAUCAGAAGACAAUAUCAUGCAAGUGUGGCAAAUGGCAGAGAACAUCUAUAAUGAUGAAGAUCCUGAAGGAAGCGUGGAUCCUGAAGGACAAGGAUCUUAGAUGUGUCUGCACUUGUGAUUUUAGACUCCCCUUUUUUCCCUCUCAACCCUGAGAUUGAUUUAACACUGGUUUUGAGAGAGAGACUUUGUUCAGCUAUCCCUCUAUAUAGGUACCACCAACAAUUGCUAUUAGCCCAAACAGUGGGUGUUUUCUAAAUAUUAACUGGGAUACUUUAUUCAGCAAAGCCAGACUUAUUUAAAUUUUGUUCAGGAAUUUUCUAGUAACAAACCCGGGUCUAAAGUAGCUACAGAAAGGGGAAUAUUAUGUGUGGUUAUUUUUCUUCUUAAGCUAUAUCCCCAAGUUUUUUGGACUCAUUUAAGUAAAAGCUAGAGUGAGUAAGGAAUAGAGCCAAGUGAGGUAGGUGUCUGAGCCAUGAAGUAUAAAUACCGCAAGAUGUCAUUUUUAUUCAGGAAUUAGGGGAGAUUCAAGUCAUAUAGAUUCCUACUCUAAAAUCUUCACACCUGACUUUCCAGGAUGCACAUUUUCCUAUGUAGACCAGUCUCCUCUUGAUUUCUACAGUUAAGUCAAAACUACAUGUUCCUCCUUUCCCAUAUAUUUUUGCUUGUUAGUGUAUUUCUUGAGCUAUUUUCAUAUUAUUCCUUACCUUUAUGUGAAAUGGUUUUUGUUUUUUUGUUCUUUUUUUUUUUUUUUUUUUAACUUGGGACCACCAAGUUGUAAAGAUGUAUGUUUUUACCUGACAGUUGUACCACGGGUAUACUGUCAAGUUGAGAAGAGUGAAUUGAUAGCUUGUAUGUUUUUAAAAUUAAAUUAAUCCUUGAUAAGAGUUGCUUUUUUUUUUUUUUUUUUUAGGAGUUGGUCCUUGACCACUAGUUUGAUACCAUCUGCAUUUUGGGUGACCUGUUUUAUCAGCAGGCCUAUUACUCCCAUGACUAACUGUGUAAGUGCUUAUAAUGGAAUAAAUUGCUUUUCUACAUAGCCCUAUGCCAAUGGGUUUUAUUUAGUAUAUAACAUCCAUCAAACACCCAUCCCCUGGCUAUCAAGAGUAGAAUUAAAUAUAAUAGGCCAAGAGCUAUAGAAAAGAGCUUUACUCCUUCCUAGGGAAAAGUGCAAGACAUAAAACACAGAACUAGAGGUAUACAGACUAAUGUGCAAUAAAAUGACAUCUUUUUGAAGUCUGACCCCAGAGAACAACACAGACUCUUUAAAAAAUUUUCAAAGGCAGUGUGGUUUAAGGCAGAAUUUAAAUUUGGGAAAGGUAUUUAAGGCUUAUCUCACAGGGUUGCCUCUCCCUAGUAUGUUUUUCACUGGAGGUUGUACUUAGAGGUUAGAAACAACAGGUUCUAAAAUCCUUUAUCACCAAAUGCCAAAACAAGAUAACAUGCCGAUUCUUUCCAGUCACUUAGUUUUGUUUUGGCGGAAUAGACCCCAAAACUCUAAAGGUCUUUGGGAAAUCUGAAAUCUUACACCAUGAGGUUCAAAUCUGGAUGGGUUCCUUUUCUCCAAGUCAGUUAUUUCAGAGUAUAGUGAAAAUUAUUUUGACACAAUUUUUAAGAAUAUACCAUGUGAAUAUGUAUAGCCCUUAAGAAAAAGUAAACUAUAUAAGAGGAUUCAUUUAAAAUCUAACACUCAUGGCACAAAAGAAUUCUAACUGUAAACCCACAUAAGGAAAAUCAGUUGCCUUUUUGACCCCAGUUUUGUUCCAAACAUGUUUUUGGUUUGGGUAAACAUAAGGCAAAAUACAUUUUUCACAAUAUUUCAA